AUGGAGGACCCUAUAAGGCAGGACAGUCAUACAGACCUCCUUCUGAGCAAGCACCAAAAUCUUCCCCCCACUCCACCUUACACCGAAGAGAAUAUAUCUGAUUCAUGCGACCAUGAUGUUGAGAUCCCCCUACCUCCGCCUACCGUAGUUCCUAUCGAGACUUUGGAUAUCGACUCAAAAACACCAGACGCCCAUGUUCCCAGAGAUCCAAGGCUCAUAAGAUUGACCGGUGUUCACCCUUUCAAUGUUGAAGCACCACUGUCUGCCCUAUUCGAUGAAGGUUUCCUAACGAGUCCUGAACUGUUCUAUGUGCGAAAUCACGGCGCUGUUCCGGAAGUCAAGGAUGACGAAAUACCUGACUGGGAAUUCUCCGUUGAAGGACAAUUGAUAGCCGAAUAUGAACAAAUUACAUGCCCAGUCACACUUGUUUGCGCUGGAAACCGAAGGAAGGAGCAGAAUCAGGUCAGAAAAUCCAAAGGCUUCUCUUGGGGAGCGGCUGGCGUUUCAACUGCGUUGUUCACUGGUGUAGCCUUAGGAGAAGUGUUGAAGAGAGCGCAGCCUAUCAGGAGGGCCAGAUACCCAAAUGGAUACUAUGGAACUUCGGUCAAAUUGAACUGGGCGCUGGAUGCUAAUCGCGGGAUGAUGCUAGCGCACAAAAUGAACGGCGAGAUGCUGCGGCCGGAUCAUGGCAAACCUCUUCGCGUGGUCAUCCCAGGUCAGAUAGGUGGUCGCAGUGUCAAAUGGCUCAAGAAGCUUGUCGUAACAGCAGCGCCGAGUGACAACUGGUACCAUAUCUAUGAUAACCGGGUACUCCCAACCAUGAUAGGCCCUGAACAGUCUGCUAAUGAGCCAAACACGUGGGCGGACGAGAGAUAUGCCAUUUUCGAUCUCAAUGUAAACUCUGCAAUCGCAUAUCCAGCCCAUGACGAGCGACUAAUGCUAGCAAACGCAAAGCAAAAUUACACUGUGCAAGGCUACGCAUACAGUGGUGGAGGCCGUAGAGUCACUAGAGUGGAAUUGUCUUUGGACAAAGGUCGGACAUGGAGACUUGCAAACGUGAACUACCCUGAGGAUUUGUAUCGAGAGACCGACCAAUAUAUGUUUGGAGGUCGUAUCGACAUGUCCUGGCGUGAGAGUUGCUUCUGCUGGUGCCAAUGGUCGUUCGAUGUCCCAGUAUCGGAACUAAUGAAUGCCCGCGAUAUCGUUGUUAGAGCAAUGGACGACGCUAUGAAUGUGCAGCCUAAGGACAUGUAUUGGAGUGUGCUUGGCAUGAUGAACAACCCGUGGUUUCGAGUUGUCGUUCACAAUGACGGCGAAAUGCUCAUUUUCGAGCAUCCAACGCAGCCUGCCCUGCAACCAGGCGGCUGGAUGGAGGAGGUCAAGAAGGCAGGGGGAAACCUUUCCAAUGGCCACUGGGGCGAAAAGAUCGGCAACCAAGACGACACCCCAUCCGUGUCAACUGCAGCCAAUGACAUCUGCAUGACCAAAGAAGGACUGAAGCAAGAAAUAUCCCUCAAGGAACUCCAACAUCACGAGAGCGAAGCUGACCCCUGGUUCGUCCUCAAUGGCGAGGUCUACAGUGGCACCUCUUUCCUCAAUGACCAUCCUGGCGGCGCGCAAAGUAUCCUCAGCGCAGCUGCGCAGGACACGACUGAUGAAUUCAUGGCCAUCCACAGCGAGACGGCUAAAGCUAUGAUGCCGACCUACCAUGUUGGCACGCUUUCCUCUUCCGCUCUCACCAACAUCACCAAUGGCUCCACAGACUCGUCCUCUUCUGGAUCCAGCAAACCUGCUCUAACCUUCCUCAACUCUCGCCAGUGGUCGGGCGCCCCUCUGAUAGCCAAACGCAUUGUUUCUUCCGACACCGUGAUACUUACAUUCGCCCUCCAACACGAAAAACAGACUCUCGGUCUGCCAACAGGUCAGCAUCUAAUGAUCCGUGUCCGAGACGCGCAAACCCAAGAGUCAAUCAUACGCUCAUACACCCCGAUCUCCGAGACUGCCCGGAAGGGUGAUAUGGAAAUCUUGGUAAAAUUGUACCUCGCCACCGCCGCUAACCGCGGUGGCAAGAUGUCAAAAGCUUUGCAUUCUCUCUCCUUGAACAGCAUUGUCGAGUUUAAGGGUCCGACAGGCAAGUUUGAGUAUCUAGGGAAUGGGAGGUGUGCGAUAGGAGGCAAGGAAAGAAAAAUGAGUAGGUUCUGUAUGAUAGCAGCCGGCAGCGGUAUCACGCCCAUCUUCCAAGUUUUUAGAGCGAUGAUGAGGGAGAGAGGGGAUGAGACGCGGUGCACGGUGCUCAAUGGGAACCGCAACGAGGAAGACAUUUUGUGUAGAGCGGAAUUGGAGGGGUUGUUGCAAGGGCAAAAGGGCAAAGGGGAGGUGUUGCAUACUUUGACCAACCCACCAUGGGGUUGGAAAGGUAGGAGAGGGAGGAUUGACAAGGGUCUCAUUGGGGAGAAGUUCGGGACGGCUGAUGGGGAGACGUUGGUGCUGAUUUGUGGACCUCCUGGCUUGGAGAAGGCUGUGCAUGAAGCCUUGAGGGGUUUGGGAUGGGCCGAUGAACAGAUAUUGUUCUUCUGA